UAAUAUUAUAUAUGUUAACCCCAACUCACUCAUCCAUACUUGCUCUACUUUCAUUCCCCACCCACCAUGGAGGCUAGUACUAGACUAUUUGCAGGGUCUCAUAACAGCAAUGAGCUUGUGGUGAUCCAAGGAAAUGAUGAGCCUAAGCAAGUGAAAAACUUAGAUGGACAGCUUUGUGAGAUAUGUGGUGAUUCUGUGGGACUUACUGUGGACGGAGACUUGUUUGUAGCUUGUGAAGAGUGUGGCUUCCCGGUAUGCAGGCCGUGCUAUGAGUAUGAAAGAAGGGAAGGGACUCAAGGUUGCCCUCAGUGCCAUACAAGAUACAAGCGAAUCAAAGGAAGCCCAAGAGUGUCUGGAGAUGAAGAUGAAGAUGAUGUGGAUGAUAUUGAACAGGAAUUUAAAAUGGAAGAAGAAAAGUACAAGCUCAAGCAAGAAGAGAUGCUGCAAGGGAAGAUGAAACAUGGAGAUGAUGAUGAGAAUGCUAAACCAUUACUGGUGAAUGGGGAGCUGCCCAUAUCUUCUUACAGCAUUGUAGAACCUGCAGGUGGUGAAAAAUUGGAUGACAAGGAGAAAACAGAUGACUGGAAGUUGAAUCAAGGCAACCUAUGGCCUGAAACUGCUGCCCCAGUUGAUCCUGAAAAGAACAUGAAUGAUGAAACAAGACAGCCACUCUCAAGGAAAGUAGCAAUACCUUCAGGCAGACUCAGUCCCUAUAGAAUGAUGGUGGUGACUCGGCUCCUCCUUCUACUACUCUUCAUUCAGUAUAGAAUAUUCCACCCAGUGCCCGAUGCAAUUGGACUCUGGUUAAUUUCUGUAGUAUGUGAAAUCUGGCUUACAUUGUCAUGGAUAGUUGAUCAGCUUCCCAAAUGGUUUCCCAUUGACCGCGAGACAUACCUUGAUCGCCUUUCAAUCAGGUUUGAACCGGAGAACAAGCCGAAUAUGCUAUCUCCUGUUGAUAUCUUUGUCACAACUGUAGAUCCAAUAAAGGAACCUCCUCUAGUUACAGCCAAUACUGUUCUUUCAAUCUUGGCCUUGGAUUAUCCUGCUCACAAAAUCUCAUGCUACGUUUCUGAUGAUGGAGCUUCCAUGCUCACCUUUGAAGCUCUUCAGGAAACUGCUGAAUUUGCUCGAAAGUGGGUACCUUUUUGCAAAAAAUUCUCUGCAGAACCUCGAGCACCAGAGAGGUACUUCUCACAGAAGAUAGAUUUUCUGAAGGAUACGCUUCAGUCCACUUAUGUAAAAGAACGCCGUACUAUGAAGAGAGAAUAUGAAGAAUUUAAGGUGAGGAUAAAUGCACUUGUAGCAAAAUCCUUGAGAGUUCCCCCAGAAGGUUGGACUCUGAAAGACGAGACACCAUGGCCAGGAAACAAUACAAAAGAUCAUCCAAGCAUGAUACAAAUCCUUCUUGGUCAUAGUGAAGGCCAUGAAGGUAAUGAGCUUCCAUGUCUUAUCUACAUUUCUCGAGAGAAAAGGCCAGCAUUUCAGCAUCAUAGCAAAGCUGGUGCAAUGAACGCCUUGCUUCGUGUAUCAGCAGUGCUAAGCAAUGCUCCUUUUGUGCUCAACUUGGAUUGCAAUCAUUAUGUGAAUAACAGCAAAGUCGUGCGAGAAGCUAUGUGUUUCUUUAUGGACAUACAAUUUGGGAAUAGCAUUGGCUUUGUCCAGUUUCCACUAAGAUUUGACAGCCUUGAUAGGAAUGAUCGUUAUGCCAACAAAAACACUGUUUUAUUUGAUAUUAACUUGAGGUGCCAAGAUGGACUUCAGGGACCUGCUUAUAUUGGCUCAGCAUGUAUCUUCAGAAGGAAAGCUUUAAAUGGCUUUGAUCCUCCAAAGGCUUCAAAACGCCAACGAGAAGUACAAGUGCACUCAAAACAGGAUGAAAGUGGAGAGGAUGGAAGCAUAAAAGAAGCAACAGAUGAAGACAAGCAGCUAUUGAAGUCACAUAUGAAUGUUGAAAAUAAAUUUGGGAACUCUACACUUUUUAUGAAUUCUUCAUUAACAGAAGAAGGUGGUGUUGAUCCAUCUUCAAGUCAGGAAGCUCUGCUUAAAGAAGCCAUUCAUGUCUUGAGUUGUAGAUAUGAAGAUAGAACUCUCUGGGGAUAUGAGGUAGGUUUGAGCUAUGGAUCUAUAGCAGCAGAUGUUCUUACAAGUUUGAAGCUGCAUUCUCGUGGCUGGAGAUCUGUAUACUGCAUGCCAAAGAGAGCAGCAUUCAGAGGCACAGCUCCUAUCAACCUUACCGAACGACUUAAUCAGGUGCUCAGAUGGGCAGUGGGAUCACUUGAGAUCCUAUUCAGCCGCCAUUGCCCGAUAUGGUAUGGCUUCAAGGAAGGAAGACUCAAGGGGCUCCAGAGGAUUGCCUAUAUUAACAGCACUGUCUACCCCUUCAGCUCAAUACCCCUCCUAAUAUAUUGUCUCAUUCCUGCCAUUUGCUUGCUCACUGAUAAAUUCAUCACACCAUCGGUAGACACUUUUGCAAGUAUGAUCAUCAUUUCCCUGUUCAUCUCAAUCUUUGGAUCUGCUAUUCUUGAGUUGAGAUGGAGUGGAGUUAGCCUAGAGGAGUGGUGGAGAAGUCAGCAAUUCUGGGUCAUUGGCAGUGUGUCUGCACACCUCUUUGCCGUUGCACAAGCCCUUAUGGGAGGCCUGGCUAAAAAAGUCAACAAAAACUUCAGUGUUGUAUCCAAGGCCCCGGAUGAUGAAGAGUUUCAUGAACUCUACACCAUAAGAUGGACAGCACUGCUAGUACCUCCAACCACAAUCAUAAUAAUCAACCUCAUUGGUGUUGUAGCUGGUUUCACAGAUGCCAUAAACAGUGGUGCACAUUCUUAUGGAGCACUGCUUGGGAAGCUCUUCUUUUCUUUAUGGGUUAUUGCUCAUCUCUAUCCCUUCCUUAAAGGUUUGAUGGGUAGGCAGAACAGGACACCUACUCUUAUUGUCAUAUGGUCUGUGCUUUUGGCUUCUAUCUUCUCAUUGGUUUGGGUAAGGCUUGACCCUUUUGUGUUGAAAACAAAGGGGCCUGAUGUAAAGCAAUGUGGAAUCAGUUGCUGAAUCCAUUUUUACCAAAAAUAAUGUGAGAGUGAAUUGUGAAACAACGUGCAACAUGUCAUUUUAUUUUUCUAUUUUGAUUUUCAAUAAGGGAAAGGAGAUAGCGGAGAGCAUUGUACUUAAUUUUUGUAAGUAGGAAUAAAGUGUUCUUGUGAUU